GCAGUGUCACGGUUUAAAGUGUUCAAAAGCCCGGAACUAUAGUUUUGUUCGUGUUUUUCUUUGUUUCCGAUCGGUCAAGAUUUUGAAAAGAACUUUAAUUAUGGCGACCUUCAUUGCACAGGCGUGAAAUGUCUCUAAAAUUCUCUUUACUUGUAUAAUUAAAUGUAUUUGAGCACAUAUUAAUAAUAGGUGUUAUGGGUGUAAUUAGACAUGUUGUGUGUGCUAUGUCUGGAGGGGUUGACAGUUCUGUCAGUGCAUUGUUACUCAAAAGAAUGGGCUAUCAUGUGACCGGUGUGUUCAUGAAGAACUGGGACUCUCAUGAUGAGAGAGGCGUCUGUUCAUCAGAGAGAGACUGUGAAGAUGCUUAUAAAGUGUGUAAGAUGCUGGAUAUGCCUUUCCACCAGGUCUCUUAUAUUAAAGAAUACUGGCAUGAAGUAUUUAGUAAUCUUCUCAGGGAAUAUGAGAAGGGCAGAACACCAAAUCCAGACAUAAUGUGUAACAAACACAUCAAGUUUAAGCACUUCUAUCAGUAUACAGUUAAUACUUUAGGUGCUGAUGCCAUGGCAACGGGACACUAUGCCCGGACAUCCCAGGAGGAUGAGGAUGUUUUUCAACAGAAGUAUGUUCCUGCUCCCAGAACUCUCUUCAGAGACCGCUUUGAAAUUAGAAAGCCCGUGCGGCUCUAUCAGGGUGCUGACCGCUUGAAGGACCAGACGUUCUUCCUCAGUCAAAUUCCCCAAGAUGCUUUGCGGCGCACAUUAUUCCCCCUAGCUGGGCUAACCAAAGACUUUGUGAAGAAGAUAGCUGCUGAGGCCGGCUUCCAACAUGUUCUAAAGAAAAAAGAGAGCAUGGGAAUCUGUUUCAUUGGAGAAAGAGAUUUUGAGGACUUUAUUCUUGAGUACUUGGAGCCCAAACCAGGAAAUUUUGUCUCCAUUGAAGAUGGGAAGAUCAUGGGGCAGCAUAAAGGCUGGUUCACAUUAACACUAGGUCAGAGGGCAAGAAUAGGAGGACAAGAAGACCCUUGGUUUGUAGUUGAUAAAGAUAUCACUACCGGUGAUGUAUUUGUGGGUCCAACCACUAACCACCCAGCACUGUUACGAGACACAUUACAGACAGACCGCUUCCACUGGAUCACAGAAGAGCCGCCUGUUGAACUUGUCCGCACUCAGAUGAUGGAAUGUCACUUCCGUUUCAACAACCGCAUGCCUUUGACUCCAUGUACCGUAACCUUGAAUCUCGAUGGCUCAGUGUGGGUAAUGGUGAAAGAGCCAUUAAGAGCAAUGACACCUGGGCAGUUUGCUGUGCUCUAUAAGGGAGAUGAGUGUUUGGGCAGUGGGAAGAUCAUUCGUCUGGGACCCACAAAAUUCACUCUUCAGAAAGGUCAAAACUGCAUGAACUGCCACCCUAAAGACACAAACCAACAACAUCCAGAUCCUCUCAGCUGAGACACAAACAAGCACAAUAACAAGAUCUCAGCAGGCGUGUGCUGUGGAAAGAUGCUCUCAGUAUUUACAGACAUUUAGGCUGGGAGAAAGUAUAGAAACUUUGAUAGUGUUUUGAAUUGUAUGUAUUUUUAUUUCAAUUGUAAUUAACUUGGGAAUUGUAAUUUAUUUGUAUAAUAUAAAUAUUGAUUAUUGAAUUACUUUUUUUCUUUUUAAGAUUUUAUAAAUGUAAAUGGUUUUUGUGCCUUUUAUUGUGCACCACAUCCUGAACUAUGCAAAAUAUUAAGCCACGGGUUCACUUUGAGUUGGAGUUCUUUUCUCUGCCAAUAGAGGGCGUGAGUGCAUCACUUAUAUAGCUGGUGCUGAUGGACAAUCGCAAUCUUCCUCAGUUUUCAUUAAAGACAAUUUUGCUAAACACAUUUAACUAAAUUAAACGUAAAUGAACGUAUUUAUACUAUAUGUUGUCAGAUAAUUGCAAUAUCUGUCUUUGCGGUUUUGGUUAUGAUUCCUCUUCUGGGUUUAUUUAAUGUCUCCUCUUUCAGUUUGGUUGAAUUGUAUGUGUGUAUAUAUUGUAAUUAGCAUUUGUUGUAAAUAAAUAUUUUAAGAAAAAUUA